GUAUGUACUUGUAUUUACUGGUAUCGUUUCAUCCCUAUUUUCCAUUUCUAAAUGUGUAUUUUGCGAAGCCAAGGCAAUAAAUUAGCCUGGCUUUAUAUGUGCUAGUUUAUUAAACGUCGCGUACUUAUCUUUAUACAUUUGGUGUUUCUGCACACGUACGUAGAAGGAUAAUAAUUCAAUAGACUUUGGAAUGCGUAUAAACAACAAAGUACAAUUCACAUAAAGUAGAAGGUGCUGUAGAUACCAAUAAUAUAUUUUUGUGACAAGUGAACAUGGAGUGGACAAGAGAAAAAACACUCGCUCUUAUAAAUGAAUACCGCAAACGGCGAGGCCUAUGGGAUAUGACACACGAUGAUUAUCGGAAGAAAGAUGUUAAGCAAAAUCUCUUAAUGGAAGUUAGCAGCAGUCUAGGCGGAAACAUACCUGUUGGGGAAAUCGAAAAGAAAUUCCAUACCCUACGUACUCAAUACCACCGUGAAAUAAAUCGAAAUAAGCGUAAAGAACCUUACAAUUCGAAAUGGUUUGGCUUUAAGAACUUACAGUUUCUAAGCUCGCCCAUGGCCCGUCGCUUGGCAAGAGGACGUGUUAAAAAUGAAAUCUCGGAAGAGAGCACUGUUACCACUAAAUAUAUUAUAAGGGAUUUGACAACACAACAACAUGAGAACAGCGGCAGUUCUGCGAACUCAAGCAACAAUUUAAAUGAAGAGUUUUUAACAUUGCAUCAGAAACCAACUAUAACCAUAGAAGCUAUGGAGAACAACACAAGCCGUCGAAACGCGAGUCGUACAAGAGCGUUAGAAAAAUUAAUUGAAGAAACUACCAAAGAUGUUGAGGAUAUUGAUGAUAAACCAAAAAUCUCUGUUUCCUUGAGUCACCACGGUUUUACUGCUGAAAUGCACCCACAGGAAGAAACAAAUAAUCAUGGAAAUCAUUCAGAAAGUCACACAAUAGAGGACGAUGAGGAUCACAUAGAAUCACUCCAAAUACAAGCAGAAGAAGAAGGUAUUGUAUACUCUACGUCGAGCGGUGCUAACGGGUGCGAUGGCGGGCCAACAAAUCAACAGACUAUACAUCAAGGACCAUUACCUACCCGUAUAAUCAAAAUACAUCGCCGUGACACAUGUACCGAGCCUGAAUUUUUUGAGGAGGAUGCUGUGGCAACACUAGACAACAAGCGCGUUUUCUACGAAAGCACUGGGCAGCAACAUUGUGCAACUAUAGUUACGUCGACGCCAACUGUAGUAUCGAAUACAACAAAUGCAUUGAUGAAUCCCAAAAUCAAAAUUCACCAGCAAAAAAGGCAACCUCAAUUGCCAGGGCGAAAUUUAGAUGAGAAUGUGUGUAUAAAAACUGGGACAAUGCGCGACGAAUUUACAACGUAUGGAGAGUACGUGUCUAAUGAAAUGCGUAAUAUAACGAACCGAGAAGUGUUAUUGGGUCUCAAGCAUAAAAUAAAUACUGCUCUUUUUGAAGCACAAAUGGCUGAACUACAGAAGUGAAAGCAACCCGAUUGACAUAGUAAUGUUGGUUUAUGUAGUGACAAACGAGUUCUAAAACUAUUUAAAAUAAACCAAAAGCUUUA